GUUUGCUUCCUAAUUUCAUAAUUGACAAAGCUGAGACGGUGAAACCUGACUGUUGAAGGGUGCAAGGUGUGAACCUGCUCAAGCAGGUACAACUGACAGGUGCUUGCAAAGAUGUCUAAAACUAACAAAUCAAAAUCUGGAUCCCGUUCUUCUCGUUCGAGGUCUGGAUCAAGAUCGCGUUCACGCUCCUUCUCCAAGUCUCGCUCCCGUUCUCGUUCUGUCUCACGGUCGAGAAAACGCAGACUUAGUUCUAGGUCCCGUUCAAGAUCAUAUUCUCCAUCUCAUAACAGAGAAAGGAACCAUCCGAGAGUCUAUCAGAACCGGGAUUUCAGAGGUCAUAAUAGAGGAUACAGGAGACCGUAUUAUUUUCGUGGCCGAAAUCGAGGGUUUUAUCCAUGGGGCCAGUAUAACCGAGGAGGAUAUGGGAAUUACAGGUCAAACUGGCAAAAUUAUCGCCAAGCGUAUAGCCCUCGUAGAGGGAGGUCACGCUCUCGUUCACCCAAGAGAAGAUCUCCUUCACCAAGGUCUAGAAGUCAUUCUAGAAAUUCUGAUAAGUCAUCUUCUGAUCGGUCAAGGAGGUCUUCCUCUUCCCGAUCUUCCUCAAAUCACAGCCGAGUUGAGUCUUCUAAGCGUAAAUCUGGAAAGGAGAAAAAGUCAUCUUCCAAGGAUGCCCGGGCAUCUCAGGCUGCAGGAGAUAAUCAAGGUGAUGAGUCUAAGGAGCAGCCAUUUUCAGGAGCAGUGGCUCAAGACGUCAAGGCAUCUGAGGGAUCAAAACCAUGGCAAGAUAUGACCACCUAUGGUACAAGUUCAACGUCAAGAGCUUCUGUGUCUGAACUUAGCCCAAGGGAACGCAGUCCUGCGUUAAAAAGCCCUCUCCAGUCGGUUGUGGUGAGGCGUCGUUCUCCUCGGCCAAGUCCAUUGCAAAAGUCGAGCCCUCCGCUGUCCAGCCCAUCACAGAUGAGCUCUGCUUUACAAAGCAGCAGCACCUCCUUUCAGGCAGGCUCUCAUCAGAGUCCAUUUGACCAUGGCUCGGCAGGUUUGAGCCCAACAAGGAAGAGCCCUGUGUGCAAAAGUCCAACACCAAUCAGUUCGAUUUACAGUACAUCUCAGAAGGAGGAAACCACAGCUCCUGGAGGAGGAGCCUUCUCAAAAAGGUAUCUGGAAGAGCAGAAGACUGAGAAUGGGAAAGACAAAGAACAGAAAGUAACAAAUGUUGAAAAAGAAAAAACUAAAGAAAAAGGGAAUUUCUCUGAGUUGGGAUCAACAGAUGGAAAGGCAAAAUCUGAAACCUAUGCAUCCAAAGCCGACUCCGAGAAGGGAUACCGUGGCAGCCAGUCGCCCAAGCGCUACAAGUUCCGGGACGACUUUGACAAGCUAAAGGUCCCGGAGUUCCAUAAGGAAGGUCAUUAUGGCAAAGAGGAAACAGACGAGCAGGAAAAGAAAGACAAGGCAAAGGGCCGAAAAGAUUCGGAAUUUGAUGAUGAGCCCAAAUUUAUGCCUAAAGUCGUAGCAACUUCAAGUAAAAGUCAAGAAGAGGAUAGGCCAGGAAAAUGGGAAGGUGUGGUGUUCUUGCCACCUGGAAAAGAGAAGCAAAGGAAACCUGAUGAAAUGGAGGAGGAAAGCUAUUCUGAAAGAGCAAAAAAAGAAGAGAGACCAGCAUCCAAGAGAGCUGAACCAGGUCACAGGGGGUUUGUUCCUGAAAAGAAUUUCAGAGUGACCACUUACAAAUCAAGCCAGGAAAAAAGUUCUUCCCCCCCACCAAGGAAGGCUUCUGAGGUAAAGGAGAAACCAGGCACCAAAGUAGAGGGGCUAGCUCCUGGCAAAUCCUCUUUUUCCAUUACACGGGAGGCCCAGGUCAAUAUUCGAAUGGAUUCCUUUGAUGAAGAUCUUGCACGUCCAAGUGGCAUAUUGGCUCAGGAACGCAAGCUGUCUCGUGACCUUGUGCACAGCAACAAAAAAGAGCAAGAAUUUCGUUCGAUUUUCCAUCAUAUUCAGUCUGCUCAGUCUCAGCGAAGUCCUUCUGAACUGUUUGCUCAACAUAUAGUGACUAUAGUCCAUCAUGUAAGAGAGCAUCACUUUGGGUCUUCAGGAAUGACACUGAAUGAACGCUUUACCAAAUAUCUAAAGAAAGGAAUGGAACAAGAUGCAGCUAAAAACAAAAAGAGCCCUGAAAUCCACAGGAGGAUAGAUAUAUCUCCCAGUACUUUUAGAAAACAUGGAUUCUCUCAAGAGGAAACGAAAAGUUCCAGAGAUCCUGGCUUCAAGGCUGAAGGGAAAUAUAAGGACGACCCUGUUGACCUGCGCCUUGAUAUUGAACGCCGUAAAAAACAUAAGGAAAGAGAUCUUAAACGCGAUAAAUCCAGAGAAUCGGUGGACUCGAGAGAUUCAAGUCACUCAAGGGAAAGAUCAACUGAGAAAACGGAGAAAAGUCACAAAGGCUCAAAGAAAAAGAAACACCGAAGGGUGCGUGAGAGAUCCAGGUCCAGUUCGUCAUCUUCGCGGUCCUCUCAUUCAGUCAAAGCGGAGGAAUAUCCCGAGGAGACUGAGGAGAGGGAGGAAAGCACCACCGGCUUUGACAAAUCCCGACUUGGGACUAAAGAAUUCACUGGCCCAAAUGAGAGGGGAAGAGCUAGAGGGACCUUUCAGUUCAGAGCAAGAGGGAGAGGAUGGGGCAGAGGCAACUUUUCAGGCAACAAUAACAGCAACAGCGGUGGCAACAACGACUUCCAGAAGCGAAACAGAGAUGAGGAGUGGGAUCCAGAGUACACACCUAAGAGCAAGAAGUACUACUUGCACGACGACCGGGAGGGCGAAGGUGCGGACAAGUGGGUGAACAGAGGCCGUGGUCGGGGUGCUUUCCCCCGAGGAAGAGGUCGCUUCAUGUUCCGAAAGUCAAGCACCAGCCCCAAGUGGGCUCAUGACAAAUUCAGUGGAGAAGAAGGAGAAAUCGAAGAUGACGAAAGCGGAACAGAAAACAGAGAGGAAAAGGACACCUUACAGACGACAGCUGAAUAG